GUCCCGCAGCCGGCUUGUCCCCGUCGCGGCCCCGGCGCUUCCCCGUCCCGCCCGCCCGGUGGGGAGCUCGCCAUGGCGGCCACCGACUUGGAACGCUUCUCGAAUGCAGAGCCGGAGUCCCGGAGCCUCUCCCUCGGGGGCCAUGUGGGCUUCGACAGCCUUCCCGACCAGCUGGUCAGCAAGUCGGUCACUCAGGGCUUCAGCUUCAACAUCCUCUGUGUGGGGGAGACUGGCAUUGGCAAAUCCACGCUGAUGAACACGCUCUUCAACACAACCUUUGAGACCGAGGAAGCCAGUCACCAUGAGGAGUGCGUGCGCCUGCGGCCCCAGACCUAUGACCUCCAGGAGAGCAACGUGCAGCUCAAGCUGACCAUUGUGGACGCUGUGGGCUUCGGAGAUCAAAUCAAUAAGGAUGAGAGUUACAGGCCCAUUGUUGAUUACAUCGACGCACAGUUUGAAAACUAUCUGCAAGAGGAGCUGAAGAUCCGCCGUUCCCUCUUUGAUUAUCAUGACACGAGGAUCCACGUUUGCCUCUACUUCAUCACGCCCACGGGGCAUUCUCUCAAGUCCCUGGACCUGGUGACCAUGAAGAAACUGGACAGCAAGGUGAACAUUAUCCCCAUCAUCGCCAAGGCUGACACCAUCUCCAAGAGUGAGCUCCACAAGUUCAAGAUCAAGAUCAUGGGCGAGCUGGUCAGCAAUGGGGUCCAGAUCUACCAGUUUCCCACUGAUGAUGAGGCUGUUGCAGAGAUAAACGCAGUCAUGAAUGCACACCUGCCCUUUGCUGUAGUGGGCAGCACCGAGGAGGUGAAGGUGGGGAACAAGCUGGUCCGAGCACGGCAGUACCCUUGGGGAGUAGUCCAGGUGGAGAACGAGAAUCACUGUGACUUUGUGAAGCUUCGGGAGAUGCUGAUUCGGGUGAACAUGGAAGACCUCCGUGAGCAGACCCACAGUCGGCACUAUGAGCUCUACCGACGCUGCAAAUUGGAAGAGAUGGGCUUCCAAGACAGCGAUGGUGACAGCCAGCCCUUCAGCCUACAGGAGACAUAUGAGGCCAAGAGGAAGGAGUUCUUGAGUGAGCUGCAGAGGAAGGAGGAAGAGAUGAGGCAGAUGUUCGUCAACAAAGUGAAGGAGACGGAGCUGGAGUUGAAGGAGAAGGAAAGGGAGCUUCAUGAGAAGUUUGAGCACCUGAAGCGGGUCCACCAGGAGGAGAAGCGCAAGGUGGAGGAGAAGCGGCGGGAGCUGGAGGAGGAGACCAAUGCCUUCAAUCGCAGAAAGGCAGCUGUGGAGGCUCUGCAGUCGCAGGCCUUUCAUGCCACCUCACAGCAGCCUCUGAGGAAGGACAAAGACAAGAAGAAUUAACGCACGCACAGACUUACAGGUCAAGAGUGGACUUUAGACUUUCAUGUGUUAAGUUGCUUGAGUUACACCUUGUGACCCUUCACCCAUAACAUGGUGUGAGGACGGACUGGGAGCCGGUACAGACUCCAGUGUUUACAGCCUUGCUUUACCCCACCCGACCCCCAGCCCCAGGCUGCCCCUGGGCCUGGUGGGCCACCCCUCUCUAUGCAAACAUGUAAAAGCCAUGAAUGAUGGAAUCCAAAACUGACGAGGUUUAUUUUUUUCAGAGCCAGUGGCUGGUCUUCCAUUUACAGUGUCACUAUCCCUUGACGGAGCAGUCAUGUGCCACUCUAGCGAAGGCCCCAGCCUGCGAUGCCAGGCCUAAUUGUUCUGCGUCGAGAUGGCAGCUCGUGGGGUGCCUUAGGUGCGGCCACAUGUUCUGGUAUACAUGCUGCAAAAUUCACCCAACUUCCCUUUGUUUUAAUUUUUCUAACCUAGAGCUUAAUUUCAAUAAUAACUUUUAAAACACUCCCAAAUUUUUAUUUUGGCAUGAGCAUAAAGAAAAAUAAUACCCUCUCCCAUUAUUUUCAUAAGUAACACAGAUUCCCUGAUUUUUAAAAACUAAAAAUUUCUCUAAACCUUUCUUAUGUAUGAAGUACCCGUACAUACAGGGAGAGGUGGGCAAUAAACUUCCUGUAAUGACAGUGUUUGGAAUUUCUUUACCGAUGAAAGUGGACCAUGAACAAGACUAUGUCCAGUGUUCUUACUGUGAAUGUAAAUGGAACAGCAGCCCAAAGCCGCUGUCUGUGUGGCCCAGAGGUGCUACCUGUAAACACGGACCAACGCCAUGUCUGUGUGUUAUGUGUUUGACUCCAAUUAAGACCCCAAACCAACCCUGCAUAUUUCACGUGCAGAGAACACUCAGAAGGUUUUUAUUCCAAGAUCAUCGUUUCCUUUUUCCUGGCUGAGUCACAGGGCAAAGAUCUGAAAAUGUCUGGUGUAUGUGGACAGCUGAAGAAAAAAAACAGCAGCAAAAGUGCUUUCCCCCUUCUGCUGCCCUCUAAAAGGGAACAUUUUAAGAAAGUACUAGCAGCAUUGAUUUGUUUUUGUUCCUGUUGGUUUGCCAGCCAUUGGGAAUAUGAGGGCUGAAAAUAUGGCCUGGUAAAAUGGGAGAGGAAAACGAAUAGAAGGAAGGCAUUCGUUUAAUGUUGAUGAAGCACUAGGGGCUACUCGGAGUCAGGCACUGCCCCUACCCUCGGGGAGUGCAGAGUCUAGUGCACUUCCUUGCGGGAAGCCUUAGGAAGCUGUGCUGAUUUAUUUUUGGGGCAGGUAGCUCGUUUUCUCAUGCCCUCUGUCUUCUCUCCACGACCGUUUUCCCCUUGCUGCCUUGGCCUGCUUUAUUGAUUUCCACGACCAAGUACUGGCUUCCUCCUGCCCUUCUGAGAUGGUGUUCCACUCAGAGUGGGGCCGAGUGGUGAGCUGUGCGUGCCCACUGAGCUGCUGCCAGAGGAGGGGCUCUGCAUGCCAGGCUAGAGCAGGUCCUGUUAAUGCAGAAAGUGAAAAUUCUCCAAGUGUUAUGCCAUGACCAGGGACGGAUCCAGGUUUCGUGGGGCUAGAAGCUUGUACAAUUUGGGAAGCCUUCUUUAAGAAAAGGAAUAUAAAUAUAAAAUUAGGUACAAGGCCUUGGAAGGGGCCCUGAGGAUUAAGCCUCAUUUGCUUCACAGUCAUGACUGAAAACUGAUGUUUUAGUGUCACCAUCUAAAAAUGUAAAUCAGCGUAUUUAAGGCAGGUAUAAAGAGCCCUGCAGUGCAACGGUUAAAUAAGCACUUGGCUGCUAACCGACUAGCUGCCCUGCAUGAGAAAGAUGUGGCAAUCUGCUUCUGUAAAGAUUACAGCCUAGGAAACCCUAUGGGGCAGUUCUACUCUGUCCUGUAGGGUCACUAUGAGUUGGAAUUGAUUUGACAGCACACAACAAGGCAGAUACUGACUGAGAGUGGCUUGCCUUCAGGGUAAUUAUGUCUUUAAGUGUAUUCACUUGGGUCAAAAUGUGACUUUUAAGAUAGCCUCUCUCAGCUAAUGUAUUUAUGCAGAUGAGGCUCAAUGAUCAGCAGGUCCACUGGUCAUAUACGAGGGCCAACCAGAGGGCUGGCUCUGGGGUGGCAGGUUCUGCUGCCUGCCCAUCACCACCUGCAGGCUGCACCCAGGCAUACUGGAAGGCUGUAAUUGUGCCUGGUUGCCUGCCUGUGGGCCCAAGGCUUCUCAGCAUCUCUGGGGAGACCUGUCAGGCUAGCAUUUUGUGAGAACUGAGCUGCCCUCCAUGGGCCCAUCAGCUUCUGCGAGCCUCACCGCGCUUCUCUCCCCCUGCUGUGUAUGUUUGGAAUUUUAUCAUCUUUAGCUGAGACCAAAUUAAUCCUUGGUGCCGCCUAAGGUGAGCUUAAGGCUUGCUAUUAUUUAAAAAGCUACACCUCAUGGAAUGUGACCCCUGGCUGCAGGGUCUGAUUUAGCCCCCCACUUCUCUUUCUCAUUGGAAACCCUGGUGGAGUAGUGAUUAAGUGCUAGGGCUGCUAACCAAAAGGUCAGCAGUUCGAAUCCACCAGGUGCUCCUUGGAAACUCUAUGGGGCAGUUCUACUCUGUCCUGUAGGUUCGCUAUGAGUCGGAAUCAACGGCACUGGGUUUGGUGGGUCUCUUUCUCAUUAACAUCUAUUGGCAUUAUUAGGACUGUCACGUGGGAUCAUGUUGACAUUUACUGUCAUGUCUUUCAUUAACCAUGUUGGUUUUGGGUAGAAUCACCAUGUAACUUAUUGUCCAAACUGGAGCAUUUUUCAGAGUGACUAUUAGUAAUUAUGUCAGGUCAACAGGUAUAACCUGGAACCCUCCCAGGCACACUAGGAUGUAUGGCCGUCCUAGUUACGAGUGGCCUGAGUCUAGGUGGUUUGUAAUUGUGCACACUGAUCACAUAUGUUUGUGUGUGUAAACACGUGGGUUUCCUGUUAAUUGGGGUUCAUAUUACUGGAUAAGAGGUCCGAGGAAAGCGUGGCUCGCUAGUCUGUUACAUUAACUUGCUUUUCUAAAACUGCUUCAUUCGUUAAUUCAUUUACUCCUUCAUUCAUUGUUUUUGUUCCUUUCCAUUCACUUUGUACUCAUUUUUUUUUUCAUUAAAUUUUGCAUUUAUUUUGA